GUGGGUGGGGGGCACCCCUGACCCCGAGAUGAAAUGGUGAAGGGAGGCAACGUUUAUAUGCUGGAGCAAUUCGCCCCAACGUUACAUUCGCUCGUUCGCUUCGCCAAAGCAACACACACGAAAUCUUAGCCGUGAGAGAAAAAUCAAAGAAAAUUUUAAUUAAAAUUUCCAGUGUUUAUUAUUUCAUUUAUUUCAAUAGAAAUUUGAUUUUAUUGACAGACAGAAUUUCAUAAAUUCUGUGGUCUUAUUUGCCGAUUUUAUAUUAUUUUAUUUUAAUAAUCGUGCAAGCUCUGGCAAAAGUUUUCGUUGUCCUAAUUUAUUGCAAAACAAAAAAUUUAGGACACUGUGAAAAUUGACAUUAAUUAAAAAUAUUUUAAAUUUAUUUUUCAAAAUAUAAAUUUACCUGUGUUCUUCAUUUUGUGAAGUAUCAAUUUGAAAAAUUUCAAAUACAAUCAUGAUGGCAGUUGCUGCAGCUGAGAAAAAUCGCGAAAUGUUUGCUAUUAAAAAAUCUUACAGUAUCGAGAAUGGAUAUCCAUCUCGUCGCAGAUCACUUGUUGAUGAUGCACGCUUUGAAACACUUGUUGUUAAGCAGACAAAGCAAAGUGUACUUGAAGAGGCACGUCAACGAGCAAAUGAUAUAGACUCAAGUUCUGAUCCAACAACUUGCAUUCAGCAAGAUCAUGAGGAUACAUCAUCAUCAUAUACAUCAUCGAGUGACGAUGAACAAGCUGAAACACUUAGUUUUGCUGCCAAAGAAGGAGAAGCCAAAGCUGAUGCUUCAAGUUCUGAUGGUGAAGGAAAACCUGAUAUUGAUGCUGAUUAUGGAUUGACUGAAGAAGAAGUGGUUCUUGCCAAGACAAUUGCUGAAAAUCCAGAUGGUGAUAAUUCAGUACAAAAAGCAUCAUUAAUGUUACGUUUACGUGAUGGAAUUGGUUCACUUGCACGUAUAUUAAAAACAGUUGAAAAUUUUAAAGGUACAGUAACACAUCUUGAAUCACGUUCAUCACGUAAAGAAGGUGCACAAUUUGACAUAUUAAUAAAUGUCAAUAUGACACGUCAAUGUCUUCUUCAAUUAAUUCGUAAUUUACGUCAAAGUUCAUCACUCGGUGAAGUUACAUUACUUGCUGAAGAUUCAAUAAGCAUUAAAAAUCCAUGGUUUCCACGUCAUGCAUCUGAACUUGAUAAUUGCAAUCAUUUAAUGACAAAAUAUGAGCCAGAUCUUGAUUUAAAUCAUCCUGGUUUUGCUGAUAAAGAAUAUCGUUCACGUAGAAAAGUCAUUGCUGAAAUAGCAUUUGCUUAUAAAUAUGGUGAUGCAAUACCAUCAAUUCCAUAUACUGAAACUGAAAAUGAAACAUGGUUACGUGUAUUUAACACUGUUGAUGAUCUUGUACCAAAACAUGCAUGUAUUGAAUAUCAACGUGUAUUCAAAAAAUUACGUGAAGAAAAAAUAUUUGAACCACACAGAAUUCCACAGCUACAAGAUGUCAGUGAUUUUCUACAAAAAAAUACUGGUUUUACAUUACGUCCAGCAGCUGGUCUAUUAACUGCUCGUGACUUUUUAUCAAGUUUAGCUUUUCGUGUAUUCCAAAGUACUCAAUAUGUCAGACACAUCAACAGUCCAUAUCACACACCUGAACCUGAUUGCAUUCAUGAAUUUUUGGGUCAUAUGCCACUUCUUGCUGAUCCAAGCUUUGCUCAAUUUUCACAAGAAAUUGGUCUUGCAUCAUUGGGUGCAUCAGAUGAAGAAAUUGAAAAAUUAUCAACAAUUUAUUGGUUCACUGUUGAAUUUGGUUUAUGCAAAGAAGGCAAUGAAGUUAAAGCAUAUGGUGCUGGUUUAUUAUCAGCUUAUGGUGAACUUUUACAUUCAUUGAGUGAUAAAUGCGAACAUCGUGCAUUUGAUCCAUCAACAACAGCAGUACAAACAUAUCAAGAUCAAGAAUAUCAACCAAUAUAUUAUGUGGCUGAAAGUUUUGAAGAUGCUAAAGAAAAAUUCCGUCAAUGGGUAUCAACAAUGUCAAGACCAUUUGAGGUCAGGUACAAUCCACAUACACAAUCUGUUGAAGUACUUGAUACUGUUGACAGACUUGAGAGUCUUGUCUCACAGCUUAAUCUUGAAAUGACUCAUCUUACAAAUGCUAUUAAAAAAAUUAAAUUACGAGUGUAAUUUAUUUUGCAUAUUUUUUUUCUUUUUCUUUUUUUUAUCUAAAAUGUUUCGGGUUAAACAAAUUCAAAAGAAAUAGAAAAAGAAUUUAAAAAAAAAAAAAAAAAAAAAAAAAAACACUAUUCCCUCCGAAUUAUAAAUGAAAGUAAUGUUUUUUUUUUAUUUUUUAAUUAUUAUUUGAGUCAUUUCAUUUGCAUAAUCAUUCGUUACCAUGUUAUUCUUGUAUAAAGUUCGUCAUUCGUGAUUCUAGUUAUUUAUUAAAUUUAUUUAUUUUAUUUCCAAUUUUUUUACUAUCAAUUAAAAUAUUAAAUUGUUGGUUUUACAUUUAUCUGAAUUCAAAUUGUCUCAUUACAUUCGUUAGCAAAUAAAAUUACAAAAAAUUAAAUAAGCAUAAUUAUAGCGUUGAGAUGAACUAAAUUCUUGGCGAAGCGAGCACUCAACGAUUUAAAUUGCUAAUGUUUUUUUCGAUUUAAAAAUUAAUUUUUCAUUUUGAAAAAACAAGAGACAAUUAUUCAGAUACAAUGUUAGGCAUUUGAAGAUUGACAUAAAAUAUAUUGGAAAAAACAAAUAAAUAUUUAUAUAUACACCAG